AGUUAAAAGUGGGUUGUGUUGUUUUCUCCCGUUCCACUUUUUUUGUCUGUAUCCUGGUUUCUUAUUGGUUUUCAUCUUCGGAGUAGUCUGCCCCCCUCUGAACUUUCCCCUAUAAAACCAGUGAUGAUGUGAAAACUUCAUUCUUUUGUAUUGUGCAGCCCAGCUCAAUUGAUGGACGUACCAAAUUGCAAGGAAAGAAAACAAACCUUGGCACUGGAUUAACUUGAAUUGAAGGGUUGAACUAAAGUGGAAUAUCAGUUUUAGAAUUGAAGUUGGUCCAUUUUUGUUAAUCCCCCCCCCCCAAGUGUUUGUACCUGGGAUCAGUGGUCGCUACGCACAGUUUGCACCAUGGCAAACUCGUGUCUUCAACUGAGCGGCUUCCUCAUUAGCUUCCUUGGCUGGCUGGGCGUCGUGAUCGCGAUCUCCACCAAUGACUGGGUGAUUAUGUGCAAAUACGGCUUGAACACAUGCAAGAAGAUGGAUGAGCUGGAAGCCAAGGGACCCUGGGCGGAGUGUGUCAUCUCCACAGGACUCUACCACUGUUUCUCCCGAUCGCAGAUCCUGGAUCUCCCAGCCUACAUCCAGACAACUCGUGCCCUGAUGAUCGCAGGUUCCAUCCUCGGCCUCCCAGCAGUGGCGAUGGUUCUCAUGUCCAUGCCCUGCAUCAACUUUGGCAACGAACCCCAAGGCUCCAAGAACAAACGCACAGUCCUGGGAGGAGUGCUCAUUCUCAUAGUCGCACUGUGCGCCAUGGUGUCUACAGUCUGGUUUCCCAUCGGCGCCCACCAGGAGCACGGCCUCAUGUCGUUCGGCUUCUCCCUCUACACGGGAUGGUUCGGCAGUAUCUUCUGCCUGCUGGGCGGGUGCAUUCUUACCUGCUGCUCCUCCGAUUCCUCCUCGCCCCGCUCCUACCAGGACAACAAUCGUUUCUACUACGCCAAACAGGGAGCGGGGAACCCGCCAGCAGCCCCCUCCUCCAAUCACGCCAAGAGCGCCCACGUCUGAGCUUCUGAGGCAGAUGUGUAGGGAGCUGUAACUAGUACAUGAAGGACGAAACACACGAGCACUCACAUGCAAUCACAUUUACAGGCAAACCUAUACCGGGAGACAGGGAGAAACAUAAAUACACAAGUCCUUGAACGCGCACCCAAACACACAAAAGAGACUUUCACAUCCAAGUAAACAAAGACUGUUGGGUGCUGGAUUGUUUUGAAUCCCAGAGCUCAUCUUCCAGCCUCGUCCCAGUUGGGCUUGGUGGGGAUCUGCUGUUACAAAGUUGUACACCUGCCUGCAAAAGCAUCCUGAGGUCACCAUCACCUGAGGCCUCGUGGACUGAUUUUUUAUAUAACUUCUAUUUUUCUAUUUAGAUGCACCUACAGAUGAAAUCGAGUGUUGAUAAAUUUGUUUUGUUUUUAUUCGUACAAUACAAUGAUCUGUAUUGAUUAGAGCAGCGUAUGACAGUAAUAUGUUUUGAAUUAUGUUUAUUAACAUUGUUUAUGUGCAUUGAUUUUUACUUUAGAGUAUUGCUAAACUGGAGCAUUUGCCCCUUGAGUGAUGGACCUGAUUAAAAAUGCAGCAGUGUUUUUUCCAGCCACUGCAGGAUAAUGUGAACAUACAUUUCAAUAGGGAGCUUUAACCAGCAGUGUUAUGGCCUGAAUACAAGAGUCAAAGAAAAUCUUCAUCUUUUGUUCAUUUCUCACUUAUCCAAUAGUAACAUUUCAUAAUAUUAACACAUUUUAUGCUACUAACUUUAUGCGGCUUUUCCUUAUGUAUAAAUUUAGUUUAGUUUCGUAAUGUGAUGACUUGAAUGUUCAAUAUCUCAAAAGAGCUCUGAACACAGAGGAAAAUUUCCAACUCGGAUCUCUGCAGAGGCAAUAUUAUCUGGUUAUUUAUUGUUUUACUGACGUGCUGUUGUUUAAUUUCCUGUAAUAAAGACAAAAUAUGGAAAUGUG